AGUGCUUCGGUGGAUUUUCUACCUGAACCACAGACAUGGGAGGGUUCUGUUGCAUGCAUUAGCGAAACCACUGCUUCAGCUGCUAGACAAUUAGGCUUAACAAGUGUAUAUCGCCCAUCUACCCCUGGUCUUCACGGGUUGGCGAGCUAGCGGGAAUAGCUGUGGGGGCAACUGUCAUGCUUAAUAUUCUUAUAGAUGGGCCACUGACAGGAGCAUCAAUGAACUCAGCAAGAACCUUGGGACCAGCAAUAGCUGCAAAUAACUACAAAGGCAUAUGGAUCUACCUUACAGCUCCCAUCCUUGGCGCACUAGCUGGUGCAGGAUACCAGGAGAGAUUCUACUUCAAUCUAGGUGACACUGGCUUCAAGGUGUUCCAAACCAAGUUUGCUAAGAUAAGCAUGGGUACGAAUUUCUCAAUCCUUUUACCUAAUUGCUCUCCUCCCAACACUUUUGCGAGAACAUAUGUAUUUAGCUUUCAAGGAGAUGACUGCCUCAUCUGUCGUGGGUCACGCUCCAUAUUACUGCUUGCAGCAGAAGCAGAAAACGGUGCUGAUUUGUUUCUUUCUACUUAG